GGGAGAGGCCGUGGAGUUCCCGGUGACCCGCGCAGAGCUGCUCGAGGAAGAACCGCUGGGCAAGAGAGCGGGGCGCGCUAACGUGUCUCACAUAGCGCCGCAGAGGAUGGCGCUCAGACUCAGGCCAGGAACUCAGAUGACGUUCCAAGUAAAAGUGCUGCAACCUGAAGACCAUCCGGUGGAUAUGUAUUACCUUAUGGACCUGUCAGCUUCCAUGAUUGAUGAUCUAGAAAGGAUUACACACCUGGGGUCUACUCUUUCCAAAGAAAUGGCUAAUCUCACCAGUAAAUUUAGAUUGGGAUUUGGUUCUUUUGUGGAGAAGCCGGUUCUGCCCUACAUCAAAACUACUCCAGAGGAGUUGGCCAAUCCCUGCAGGAGUGUAGAUUAUGUUUGUCUACCUACAUUUGGAUACAGACAUAUCCUUCCCUUGACAAGCAGCAUGGAUGAGUUCAACGAGAUUAUUUCCAAGCAGCGUGUUUCAGCCAACAAUGACAUUCCGGAGUGCGGCUUUGAUGCCAUCAUGCAGGCGGCAGUGUGUGGGGACAAGAUUGGGUGGCGGAAUGAUUCCAUGCGCUUGUUGGUGUUUGCCAGUGACGCAGACUCUCACUUUGGAAUGGACAGCAAAAUGGCCGGCAUUGUGAUCCCUAAUGAUGGCCAGUGUCACCUGGACAGCAACAAUGAAUAUUCCAUGGCAGGCCAUUUGGAGUACCCGACCUUGGGGCAACUUGUAGAUAAGCUGGUGGAAAACAACAUCCUCCUCAUAUUUGCAGUGACAGCCAAUCAGAGACAGAACUAUGAGAAUUAUGCAAAUUUAAUUCCUGGUGCUACAGUUGGGGUGCUGGAAAACGAUUCCCGGAACAUCCUUGAACUGAUCAUGACCGCUUAUAAGGAGCUGAGGUCUGAGAUUGAAAUGGAAGUCUUGGGUGACACUGAACAUCUCCAGAUUUCCUUCACCGCUCUUUGUCAGGAUGGGGCAGUGGACCAAGGGAUGAAACGCUGCACCAAUGUCAAAGUUGGAGACAUGGUGGCCUUUAACGUGACGGUUGAGCUGGGUAGCUGUUUGGAUGGCCCGCGGCACUUUUCCCUGCGGCCAGUUGGCUUCCAGGACACACUAGAGGUGGAGCUGGAGUCGCUGUGUGCGUGUGACUGCCACCGGACCACUGAACCAAACAGCACACAUUGUAGUGAUAGACAUGGGGCAUUGGACUGUGGCUUGUGUGUGUGUGACCCUGGCUUCAUGGGACCCAACUGUGAGUGUGCAGAAAGGGAAGGCCAAAUCUCUGAUUGCAGGGUGGAGGAGGGAGCAGAGAUGUGCAGUGGGCAGGGCGAAUGCUUUUGUGGGCAGUGCUUGUGCCACCAAUCUAGUUUUGGACGUGUGUAUGGAAAAUACUGUGAGUGUGACGACUUCUCCUGCCUCAGAUUCCGAGGGAAGCUGUGUGGAGGUAAUGGCGUGUGUGACUGUGGUGAGUGUGUGUGUCACAGUGGUUGGACAGGCGAGUAUUGCAACUGCAGCACUAGCACACGGGCGUGUGAAUCCGCAGAUGGGUCAGUCUGCAGUGGACGUGGAAAGUGUGUGUGUGGAAAGUGUGAGUGUUCCGUUCCUGGAGCUUCAGGGGACAAGUGCGAGAAGUGCCCAACCUGUGGAGAUACCUGUAGCAGAACCAGGUCUUGUGUGGAGUGCUACCUGAAAACUGAUGAAUUCUUAGAAGAGUGUGUCCAUAAGUGUAACACUAUUCAUACCACUGUCAGCAACUCUACAGAUUUUGAAGAGAGUCAUGCCGUUUUUUGCACUCUCCGGAGCGAGAAUGAAUGUCUGAUCUCCUUUGCUUUGGCGACCAGUGAUAAGGGCAACACUGUCUACAAGCCCUGGCUUGACUGUCCCGCGCCCCCAAACAUCACGAUGAUCGCUCUGGGUGUCUGUUUGUCUGUACUCACAAUUGGCAUCACACUACUGGUGGUCUGGAAGCUUCUCGUGUCCGUCCAUGACCGAAAAGAGGUUGCCAAGUUUGAAGCAGAGAGAGCCAAAGCAAAAUGGCAAACAGGCACAAACCCUCUUUUCAGAAGUUCAACAUCAACAUUUAAGAAUGUGGCAUACAAAAAUACAGGUCGACAGAAAGUUGAUAUAUGUUGAAGAAGCGUUUGUCGAAUUGAUUUGAUGUACAGAAUGUAGACCACUGUUCAUGGAAUGUGUGUGUGUGUGUGUGUGUGUGUGUGUGUGUGUAUGAGUGUGUACGUGAGAGACUUGACCUUUUCAGUGGUAGUUAUUUUCAGUAAUGUUUACAUGUCAUAAAAUGCAUUGGGAAAUCUUUUAUAUUACACAUUUGCUGCUAAACAGUUUUGAAUAUUCAAAUACAGUCAUACAGAAUUAUUGGCAACCUUCAGGACUGAAAAAGACAGAAGAGUGUCAUUAGUGUAUAUAAUAUUAUUGAGAAAUCUUGUAAUUUAUUAAUUUAACAACAGAAUUCAGCAGAUCUGGCCUAAAAUUACAAACUUUUCCUGUUAUAACUGUUUUAAAAAGUUUAUAUUGCUGUAUGAGUCUACUUUGGUAAUAUUGUCCAUAUAGGGCAUUUUAUGAUCU